AAUGUGAAUUUCGUAAUUUGUUAUUUUGUUCGGUGUCGCCCGAUCACUUGAACUGCAAACUUCGCGAACCUUUCUCGGGCCGGCCGUCGCGAUUCCGGUCGGUCAUUUUUCCUGGCGGAGUGCGGAUGGGACGCCUCCUAAACCAGACAAUUUCUGAGCCCGUUUUCAGUUUUUUUUAACUCUUGGUGUCUUUCAGUAGUAAUUAAUAUUAUCCGCCGCUGACUUGGUUUGUUUAGUAGGCCUCAAAUCGUCAUGAAAUCGGUGAUAAUACGUUACGCGUACCGUACGCUGUAUUGGCGGACGGCAGUGCCUUUUUAAAGAAAUAGUUAUUCGAUUUAGGGUUUUUGACUUUGGUUGAGGUUGGGUCUUUUUUUGUGAUUCGUCCGUCACCGUCACCUCAAAAAAUGUAAAUUUAACAAAUUAGCAAGUUACUAUGGCAACUGAUCUGGAACAUGAAAGGUCUUCAACAACAACAUCAAAUACAUGUUUAAUCUGUGAUGGUAGCACGGGAGUAUCAGCUCGAAAUGCUAUCUCUAUAUUUCAGCACCGUGUGAAUUCUUCAGAUCGAACUGUUGUUAAGGUGAUUGAUGGUGUCCUUGGUAUAAUCCUCUCUUCAGAAGAUGUUCAUUCCGUUGUUGUGUGCCGCCGAUKUUAUAAAUCUUUGAAUGAAGUGGAUGAACUUGAAGAUCGGUUAGCUGACAUUAAAUUAGAGCUUACAUCUCAAUAUCAACGCACAUUGAAGAGUAAAUCUGAAGGUUUAGAUAUACAUACUAUAGACACUAUUGACACUGAACUUGAAGUCGAUUCACCAAAACCGGUUAAAAAACGAGGACGCCGUCCUAAGAUUAAGGAAGAAUCUAUUGAUAUACCUAUUUCUAACGAAGACAUUUUACAUGAUGAUAUUGACAUCAAAGAAAUUGAAAAGCAGCAAAAGUGUUCAUCAGUAGAUAAUUUAAUUGAGAUGUUACAUGAUGAAUGUAAGGAUAACAAUUUGGUUUCAAUUAAUAUGGAAGAAGAAUGCUCUCAAAAACUGAUCCAACCUGCCGAUAUCAAACAGGAAUCUAUAUUACAUGCUGACAUGGAAAAUAUUGAUGAAGAUGAUGAUUUAGAUGACAGCGCUAUACUUGAUGAAGAAGAUUCAGAUUAUGAAGGAAUUGAUGAUUCUAAAAAUGAUAGUGUUGAUGGUGCCGAGGAGCCUAGUAGUCCAAAAAAAUCAAAAAUGACUAAAAAUUCUUUGAAGAAAAAAACUCCUGAAAUCCUCAUACCACAAAUGUUGGUUCAUCAUGAUGGAGAAGUUUACACUUGCCUAUUAUGUAGUGUAGAUAAUAAAUUUACAGCAGAUGCUAGAGGUAUUGUGGUUCAUGCAAAAAAUGUCCAUCAGAUUAAGUUAUUUAUUUGCGAUAUAUGUGGGCAAGAGUUCCUUAAAAAGCCUGAACUGAUGAAACAUCUAGAACAUCAUGCAAAUAGUGAAGAUGGCAACUUUGUUUGUGACAUUUGCAGUCGAGUAUUUACCAAUGUGCGUAUGUUCAGGGUACAUAAAAAAAUGCACAUGCCACAAUCUAAAAAUCAUACUUGUGAAACUUGUGGCCGACAAUUUGCGUCUCGGAACACAUUAGAAGAACACAAUAACACACAUACAGGUGUGCGUCCUUAUCGYUGUGAAAUUUGUGGUAAAGAUUUUACUUCCAAGUAUACAUUUAAAGCACAUGAAAAAGUACAUACCAAUCGUGAGCGUAACUUUACUUGUAUAAACUGUGGCAAAGCUUUUCUUACUGAGCAAAAUCUGAUACAUCAUGAACGAACACAUUCAGGACUUAAAAAUUAUGUAUGCCAAAAAUGUGGUAAAGCUUUUGGCACUGCACGCAAUUUAGAAGUGCAUUAUGUUGUACAUACAGGUUACAAACCAUUUAUUUGUCGUAUGUGUGGUAAAGCAUUUGCUAGAAAAGCUGAGAUUAGGGAUCAUGAGCGUAUUCACACAGGAGAAAAACCAUAUCAGUGUGAAUUCUGUGGAGCAACAUUCAGUCAAAGAAGCAAUUUGCAAUCUCACAAACGAGCUACCCACUAUGAUGAUAAGCGUUAUAAAUGUACAGAUUGUGGUAAAGGAUUUAAGAGACGUCGCUUGUUAGAUUAUCAUAUGAAGGCUGCACACACUGGAGAAAGACCUUUCAAAUGUGAUGUCUGCCAAGCGUCAUUUAUUUACCCAGAACAUUUUAAAAAACAUGCACGUAUUCAUACAGGAGAAAAACCUUAUUUAUGCGAAGUUUGUGGUAAAGCAUUCAAUAGUAGAGAUAACAGAAAUGCUCAUCGUUUUGUACAUAGUGACAAAAAGCCCUAUGAAUGUUUAGUUUGUGGUGCUGGAUUUAUGCGUAAACCAUUACUUUACAAUCAUAUGACUCAAGCGGGUCAUUUGAAUGAUACUAUUGUUGUUAAUCAACCUCGGCUAGCAUCUAGUCCUGUAACCAUACAAGAAAUCMAAGAAGACAUUCAAUUGCCUGGUACUGAUUCUGAGUUGGAAUUGGCCAUGGUGGUUGAUUCUGAAGGAAACCAAACAGAGUUGCGUGAUAUGACUGAAGAAGAAAGAAAAUUGUUUGCUGGAGAAUUAAAAGAGCACAUACUUUUACCAGGCAAACAAGAAGACCUCGGGAAUGAUUUAAAUUCUGUUGAACAAAUACUUGUUGAUAAUAAAUAUCAAAUCCAAUACACAACUACRGAUCAGCAUGGUGAUGUUCAUACAAUGUUAAACAUGGAUCAUCAUGGGGAUGAGGAUGUUGGACACAUGGAGACUGUUACUGUUAGUGUUGGUGGCCAAGAACAUCGUCAAUUAAUAGUACCAGCCACUCGUCAUAUUACAUUGAAUGAAAGUGAUGCUGCAGCAUUUGCUGAACAUGCUACUAUAAAYGGYGAAAACGUGCAAAUAGUACAGAUACAAAUACAAGACGAUGAUGGAGAAGACCAAAAACAUUGGUUCAAUAUUAUUCAACCACAGCAAGGAUAA